CCAGGCUAGAAAAUUAAAACUCAGCUCACGACCAGCCUCUGUUGAUGCACUGAUCAACAUUAUAAAAGAACAGCUGGAAAUCAACCUUGACUUCGAUUUGCUUUACGAAGAUCCAGACUUUGAAGGGAAACUUACUUCCCUUACAGACAUUGAGGAAUUGCCACAAAAAGCUGUUGUGCACAUCUCACUUUCACAAGACUCCAGCUCUAUUGCAUCUACUGUUCUACUUUCAGAUGUGUCAUCUCCAGAGCGUCUCAGCAGGUGGCCUCCAGGUCCUUUCCCUGUUCCCACAUUUGCAUUUGAUGUUGAACUAAAACUUAGAGAUGGAAAUGCGGAAUAUAAGAAGAACAACACGCACCUUAAGUUGACAAGAGACCUAAAGCACGACAUUUUAGAAAAGCUUGCAUCUACUAUAUAUGGUUUUAAGGCUUACCCAAGUGAUAAAGAGAUUGCAAAGGCUGCUGAGGCUCUUGUAGCCAAACAUCCCUGCUUGAAGGAAGCAGGAUCUGAGACUGGCUGGAAUGGAUGGAAAAACUCCAUCAAGUUUAAGAUGGGCAAUUUCAGGAACAAGAUGAGACGGGCUGGAUGUCAGGAGGUCACUGUUAAUGCUGGAAAAAGAAGUAGAAGUUAUCCUGAAAAUGAAUCUUCACAUUCCAACAUUAAAAGACCCAAGCGAGCAGAAGUCAACUUCCUACCAAACUUUCCCCAAGGAAAGGAUCCUUCAAGCCUUGAGCAGUUGAGGCAGACAAUUGUUGAAGAAGUCAAGAAGACUGAGAAGAACCUGCCCCUCAUUAGAAAGAUGAUGGAGACCACAUUUCCCCUACGCCGACAGACCAUAGUGAUGUCCUGCCCACCAGUGAACGAGCUCAUGGACCUCUGGCCUGCUCUCAAAAUAGAGUCUGAGUUGUAUGCAGAGUUCCAGCGGAUUACGAAUCAGAACCUGCCCAACACAUUCUAUGCUGAGCUUGACCGCCAUCUUCCUCGACUGAUGACCUUAUUCAGACAGAAGGCAUCAAAAACUGGAAAGACAGCAGAUGCUCUGGCUGAAAUUUUAAAAAUCCACGAUGAACUGGAAAUCCAUGACAUCCACACCAAGCGCAUUACUGUUCUCCACGCCCUUCCAGUGUAUCUGCACGAGGACGUUUCUGGAUUUUUCAGAACCUGCACAGACGAGUCUGAUGAGCUGGAGCUUGAUGGCGUUGCAGUGGCCCUCCUUACGGUCAUCAGUGACAAUGACACACGUCCAGUUCACCACCACCCUGUGAGAAUCUCUGUAAUCAUUGAAAGUGAUGCCGUGGUCAGCCUCCCCAGACUUAGCGAUGCCUUCCUGGUAAUCUUUGGACUGAUAUAUGCACUACACCUCAGCUACCCCAAAGCACUGACCAACACUUUUGAAUUCACUGAAAAGAUUUUACUUGGUCUAGAAAGUGGUAAACUGUCACCCAGGUUGCAGACCCUCAAGAAUGACUUGUUGAUGUAAGUGACUGAUGGAGGAGGUGGAGAGGGAGGUGGAGAGGAGGAGGAGA